ACUUCUCGAAAUAAUGUUGAAAUUCGUGUGUGUUCCAUUAUUGCUUGUGGUUCUUGCGAGCCACAGUGCUUUUGGAGGAAUUCUAAAUGAUAUUCCCCUCGAGGAUUCUGAUGACUUUGAAUUCAUUGAACCCCGGAUAACCUGCAGUCUAUCCUAUGCAUGCUACAAUGGAAGACAUUACUAUUUUGAGACAAACAACAAACGUUCACGCGAUAAUGCUGCAAUCUUCUGCCGUAACAUCAAUAUGGAAUUGGUCAGCAUUGAAGACCCUGCCGAAAAUGAUUUCAUCAGUAAUACCAUCAAAAACACUGGUUGUUACAAAAAGACAUUCUGGACCUCUGGUAUGUUAACUGAUACAGGAUCCUGGGUUUGGGGUAAUGGUGAUGCAGUUAAGUACACCAAUUGGAUGGCUGGUAAACCUACUUCUGGCAAAAACCAAUAUUGUAUUGAUUACUAUCCAACUUAUGUACAAUGGAACGACGCUGUCUGCGGUAAUAAGCAUUACUUCAUUUGUGAAUCAAACAAUAAGUGUAAUUAAAUAAUGAUAAUUUUUUUGAAUUUAUAU